UUUUCAUCUUUUCAAUUUCUCUCUUUUUCCCUGUAUUAACGCGUGUUUGAUUCUCGAGGAAAAAUAGUAUGAAAAUGAAAGAAAAGUCACCGUUGUGAGAUUCCAACUACUUUCUUUUUGUUUUGUUCCGAUUCCUCAGAAUCCAAACGAAGCGUCCAGAGUCUCAAUCGAUUAUCAUCCUUUUGUCAUUUUGAUCAAUUAGUGAGAUUCGAUUCUGUGUUUCUUUCACAGCAGAGGGUUCGAAUCUCCAGCACGAAUCGUCUCAUUCGGAUCGUUGCUCUCUCCACUGCCGGGUCGAGUAUUCUGUUCUCGAACCGUGACACAAAUUCUAGUGAGUAAAACAACUGUCUCAGUUUCAGUUCCCGCACCGUUACGUGAUUCAUAUUCGCUGCAAUGGCCAAUUGUGAAAGAGAUGAUUCGUUCUCCUUCAACACUCACCUCCAAUCUGUCCCCAUAUGCUGUAGGAAAUGUUCAGUUAUUUCUUUCUAGAAUUGGCUCUGUUCCCUCUGAAGAUGUGAAUAAGGAUGCUUCUGGGAAGUUUGGUGAUGGUUCACGAUCUAUUGCAACUGCUGUUGCUAUGGUUAUUCCGGCUGUUGUCCAUAUAUCUGUUCCGUGCAGUAUGUUUCAAAUCUGUGCUAUUGCGUUUCUGUAUAUAUAUGUGUAUGAAUGUAUAUGUUGUUUGGGAAAUUGCCCCAGUAGAUUGUCUGUGAGUUUGUUGUCUGUAGGGGAUGCGAAGACUUCGGGAUCCAAAAAAGGCGCUGGAGCCAUAAUUGAUCCUGAUGGUACUAUUUUAACAUGUGCUCAUGUCUUGCUAGAUAGUCGAGGCAAGAGAGUUACAUCAAAAGGGAAGGUUGACGUGACUUUGCAAGAUGGCCGUACAUUCGUUGGUACUGUGGUAAAUGCUGAUUUACAUUCUGAUAUUGCUAUUGUGAAGAUCAAUUCUAUACUUCCACUUCCAUCAGCAAAACUUGGUUCUUCAAGUAAGCUACGUGCAGGGGACUGGGUGGUAGCUAUGGGCUCUCCUCUCUGCCUGCAAAACACUGUUACAGCUGGUAUUGUCAGUUGUGUUGACCGUAAAAGCAGCGAAAUGGGUUUUGGUGGAAUGCUGAAAGAGUAUGUUCAAAUAGAUUGUGCGCUCAAUCCGGGAAAUUCUGGCGGACCCCUUGUUGACCUUGAUGGAGAAAUUGUAGGUGUUAAUGUUAUCAGAUUAGCUAUUAAUGGUUUGGGUUUUGCUGUACCAAGCGACUCGAUUUUCAAAAUUAUGGAGCACUUUAAGAAAAAUGGGAGAGUUGUUCGGCCAUGGCUGGGAAUGAAAAUGCUUGAUCUUAAUGAGGCGAUUGUUUCCCAGCUUAAAGAUAAAGAUCCUUUGUUUCCCAAUGUUAACAAAGGCGUUCUUGUAUUCAUGGCUUUUCUUGAGGAAUUUCUCUGCUCAUGGCAUUGCAAAUCUUGGAAAAUAGAAGGAUUUUGCAGGGCACAGUUUCGGGUAACUCCUGGAUCACCUGCUGAUAUAGCUGGAUUUCAUCCAGGUGAUGUUGUCAUUGAAUUCCAGGGGAAGCCUGUUGGGAGCAUCGCUGAGAUCACUGAACUUAUGGAAGAGCAAGUUGGGAUGCCCUUAAAGGUAGUUGUGAAAAGAGCGAAAGAUACUUCAGUGCCUUUGACUGUGGUACCAGAGGAGGCAAUCCCCGAGUUGUGAUGGCACUGCUUCUUUUAUUGUUAGUUUUGCCUUUACAUUGAUUGCCACAUUGAAACCACAAAUAACUCUAAAAAGAAAGGGAAAACGUAGAUGUUAGCAGGUGUUAUUGUUGUUCUUUUUUUGUUACGAGUACAUUCUUUUCCCUUUGUUCAGGAAUCCCACUCUCCAAAAACAUAAAUGAAAAAAUGGUAAGAAAUAAAGAAGAAAUAUUUGAGUGUUUGAUCAGAA